AAGAGAAAGAUCUUGGGGUUACAGGGAGCGGGCAUUGCCGGAGGCAAACCAUUACAAAUGUUGAGGUAAAAGAGGGUUCGAGAAAAUAGCAUUCCAGGAUUGAACCAUUAUUCUAUCAGAGCGUUCCUCUUCUGUUCUUCAUCUCAUAAAUCAGAGUUCAGAGAGAGAGGAUAACGCUUUGCUCCAUGACGAAUCUUCCCUGAACCCAGUCUACGGACGUCCACACAGAACACCUACACCCAACCCCACCACGCAGUCUCGUCAACCCAUAGCUCCCCAUCCAAACGCCGGGUCCAUGCACCGAAACCACCAUAUCCACAGCCGGUCCAUGGACAAAUCAGGAACACCACCCAAACCCCAAACUCGUCUUCUCCCUCCCUCGCGCGCGCGCGCUUCCCGCCACUCGCUGUCGCCCGCCGCGACGCCCAUGCACGUCCACGCCGCGCGCCCCGUCCUCCCCGCCACGCCACCCAAGCUCCGCCGCCACCAUGCCGCCGCCCUCCGCCUCACCGUCACCCGCGCCGCCGCGCCGGGGAGCGACGCCACCGGCGGCGGCGGCGGUGGUAAUAAGGCCGUCAUUGUCGGUGGCGGGCUAGCGGGCCUCGCCGCGGCGAACCACCUGGCGUCCAUGUCGGUGCCGUUCACGCUGCUCGAGGCGUCGGACCGCCUCGGCGGCCGUGUCGCCACCGACGAGGUCGAUGGGUAUCGGUUGGAUAGGGGGUUCCAGAUCUUCCUCACCGCCUACCCGGAGUGCCGGCGUCUCCUUGACUUCCCGGCGUUGCGGCUCCGGCCGUUUUAUCCUGGAGCGCUCGUCUUCCUCGGCGCCGGCGAGCCGUUCUACCUGUUGUCUGACCCGUUCCGGCUUCCUCUGCGUUCCCUCUCCGCCGUGUUCUCCCCCGUCGGAACGCUCGCUGAUAAGCUCCUCGUCGGCCUCGCCCGGCUCCGCGCGGCGUCCACCCCGGACGACGUCAUCCUCUCGUCGCCGGAGACGACCACGGCGGCGCACCUGGAGAAGCUCGGGUUCUCGCCGUCCAUCGUGGAGCGGUUCCUGCGGCCGUUCCUGGCUGGGAUAUUCUUCGACCCGGCGCUCGACACGUCGUCGCGCCUCUUCGAGCUCGUGUUCAAGCGCCUCGCCCUCGGGGACAACGCGCUGCCGGAGGCCGGCAUCGGCGCCAUCGCGUCGCAGCUCGCGGACCGCCUGCCGGCGGGCUCCGUCCGCCUCAACUCCCGCGCCGCGGCCAUCGGCCAGUCCAGCGUGACGCUCGACACCGGCGAGACCGUCUCCGGCGAGCUCGGCGUCAUCGUCGCCGUCGAGCAGCCGGAGGCCGAGAAGCUCCUACCGCAGCUACCAACGAUUCCGGCGAAACCCAAGAAGAACUCCGAGCGGAGCACCGUCUGCCUCUACUUCGCCGCCGACAAGGCGGCGGUCCAAGACCCCAUCCUGCUCCUCAACGGCUCAGGCAAAGGGAUCGUCAACAACAUGUUCUUCGCCACCAACGUGGCGCCGUCGUACGCGCCGCCGGGGAGGUCGCUGGUGUCCGUAUCCCUCGUCGGCUCCUUCGCCGGGCGGUCCGACGCCGACCUCGCCGGCGAGGUGGUCACCGAGCUCGCCGGGUGGUUCGGCGCCGGGGAGGUCGCGUCGUGGACGCACCUGAGGACGUACCGCAUCGGCUUCGCGCAGCCGGACCAGACGCCGCCGACUUCGCCGGCGGGGCGCGACCCGAGGGUCGGCGACGGGCUGUACAUGUGCGGCGACCACUGGUGCUACGCGACGUUCGACGGCGCGCUGGUGUCCGGGAGGAGAGCGGCCGAAGCUCUGGCUAAGGACAGGGGAUUAUCCUUAGCCUGAUUUGAGCUGAGUGGGCCAUAUGGGCCUUGUUUAUUUUAGGCCUUCCAUUUGUAAAUGGUUGGAAUAAGUUCACUUUGGGUUCCUGUAUUUGUCGCCAGUCUGAUUUUCGCCCAUUGAUCGCAAAACCAGGUAAGACAUGUCCCUCAACUUACGAAACCGUUUAAAUAAGGUACCUCGGCAGUAUUUGACCCCGGUU